AUUGUGGUUUGCUGUGAGAUUGAACAAACGUUAUUCGAUAAUAAAUUGUGAUCUGUUGUUCUAGCAGUGAUUCAAAAUGGUAUCCUUGAAUCCUGUGAGGAUCCUCAAGAAUGAGGCAGAGGAAGAGAAAGCAGAAAUUGCCAGGUUAAGUUUGUUUGUAGGAGCAAUAGCCAUUGGUGAUUUAGUAAAAUCUACACUUGGCCCAAAGGGUAUGGACAAAGUAUUGGUAGCUCAUGGUAGAUCUGCAGGGCAAGUUCAGGUUACCAAUGAUGGAGCAACUAUUUUGAAAAAUGUUGGUGUGGACAAUCCUGCUGCUAAAAUCUUGGUAGAUAUGUCCCGUGUGCAAGAUGAUGAAGUUGGAGAUGGUACUACUUCUGUAACUGUUCUUGCUGCUGAGUUACUAAGGGAAGCAGAGAAAUUGAUUGAUCAAAAAAUCCAUCCACAAACCAUAAUUACUGGUUGGAGGAAAGCAACUAAUGUAGCAAGGGAGGCUUUGAAAAAUUCUACAAGUGAUAAUUCUGCAGAUGCUGAACUUUUCCGCGAAGAUUUACUAAAUAUUGCCCGUACAACUUUAAGCUCAAAAAUUUUAUCUCAGCAUAAAGAACACUUUACUAAGCUUGCAGUAGAUGCUGUAUUACGUCUUAAAGGAUCUGGUAAUUUAUCGGCUAUUCAAGUAAUUAAAAAACGUGGAGGAACUUUGGCUGAUUCCUUCCUUGAUGAUGGAUUCUUGUUGGAUAAAAAACCUGGAGUACACCAACCGCAAAGAGUAACAGAUGCGCGCAUACUUAUAGCUAAUACUCCUAUGGAUACAGAUAAAAUCAAGGUAUUUGGUUCUAGAGUUAGAGUUGAUUCUAUGGCGAAAAUUGCAGAAUUAGAAGCAGCAGAGAAAGAAAAAAUGAAGGACAAAGUUGACAAGAUCAUAAAACAUGGCUGCACCGUUUUUAUCAAUAGACAGUUGAUUUAUAAUUACCCAGAACAACUGUUUGCUGAUGCUAACAUUAUGGCCAUUGAACAUGCCGACUUCGAUGGUAUUGAACGACUAGCAUUAGUUACUGGUGGAGAAAUAGUUAGUACUUUUGAUAAUCCUGAAUUGGUGAAACUUGGCAAAUGCAAUCUCAUUGAACAGGUAAUGAUAGGUGAAGAUACAUUGUUGAAAUUUUCGGGAGUUCCUCUGGGAGAAGCUUGUACCGUCAUUAUUAGGGGCGCUACUCAGCAAAUUAUUGAUGAAGCUGAACGAUCUUUGCACGAUGCUCUUUGCGUAUUGUCAGCUACUGUGCGCGAAUCCAGAAUCGUUUAUGGCGGAGGAUGUAGCGAGAUGACUAUGGCUUGUGCGGUAAUGAGAUCAGCGGCUUCCACUCCUGGCAAAGAAGCAGUUGCAAUGGAAUCUUUCGCUCGAGCAUUACAGCAGUUACCUACUGUUAUUGCCGAUAAUGCUGGGUACGAUUCAGCGCAACUGGUUAGCGAGUUAAGAGCUGCGCAUAAUUCUGGCGCGAAUACGAUGGGUCUCGAUAUGGAGCAAGGAAAGAUUGGUUGCAUGAAACAAUUAGGAGUAACUGAAUCUUGGGCUGUGAAGAGGCAAGUUUUACUUAGCGCAGCGGAAGCAGCAGAAAUGAUUUUACGCGUGGAUAAUAUCUUACGGGCGGCGCCCAGAAAACGCGUCAAGGAUCGUGGACCAAACGUGGAAUUACAUAGUAAAAAUUAUUGUAUUCUUGUAUUUAGUUUCUAG